CAAUAUAUCGACAACUUAUAACACACUUCCUUAUUUAUACUACUCGCUAACAUUAUCUAGCGAUAAAUAACUAUAGCGAUUGAUCAUGGGUUUUAAUUUUCAUAAAAUUGCAGUUCUAACCAUGGUGGUUAUGACGUUGGUAUUGUUCUCGGUUAUUUAUGCAACCGUGACCGACGAAAACAUUAAGCAGGACGAUACAAAUAUUGAUUCCGCUAAGUCCACCAAAGACAAGAUUACUGGAACUGGAGAAUAUGUCGCAGAUAAAGCAUCCAUGGGAGCUGAAUCCGCAAAAGAUACGUCAUACGAGAGUGCAAAAAUGGCCAAAAACGGUGUAGAGUACGUGAUGGAUGCGGCACACGAAGCUUCAAAGGACAGUGUGGGAUAUGUUCAGGACUCUGCUUACAAGACUGCGGAAAGUGCAAAAGGAGGGGCAGAAUAUGUGAAAGACAAAGCGAAUGACGGUGCAGGGUAUGUUAAGGAUGCGACUUAUGGAAAAACGCAACUAGGUGCAAAAAAAGAGGGGGCUGCGGAGAAGGGGAAAGAGGGAGGUGAUGAGGAUACAUUGGAGUGGGCUAAAGAGAAAGCGAAACAAGGGUACGAGAAGGCGAAGAAUGUGAUUCUAGGUAGUGGUUCGUAUAAUGAAGAACUUUAAAAAACGGUAUAGAAUGAGCAAAGGACAAAUGCGUGGUAUUGUAUGUUGUAUUUUUUUUCUAUGGGAUUUAGAUCCUCUAAGAUAAUUAAUGUUGACUUUACUAAUAAAGUUGAUCUUCUCAUUGAAUUAAAA